GUAUGGUAUUUUGGUUGACAAAAUAAUAAAUCCCUCUCUCUCUCUCUCCAUCGAUGACCGCCACCUUACGGAUUCAUGCCCGCCUUGUGAUCACUGUUCAACAAGAAAACGCAAUCCCUCUUUUCACGCCAACAUGGCCGAUACCGCGCAGACCGAGAGGGCUUACCAGAAGCAGCCAACUGUCUUCGCAAACAAAAAACGAGCACUUGGAGUUGCAGUCAGCAAAAAGAAACUUCGUCAUGUUAGAAGUGUUGGUCUAGGAUUCAAAACUCCUCGUGAGGCAUACGAAGGCAACUACAUUGACAAAAAAUGUCCAUUCACCGGAAAUGUAAAAAUCAGAGGCCGAAUUCUCUCUGGAGUCGUCCGUAAAAUGAAGAUGCAGAGAACUAUUGUUAUUCGACGUGACUAUCUACAUUAUAUCAAGAAAUAUAAUAGAUAUGAGAAACGACACAGGAACAUGUCUGUUCACUUGUCGCCAUGUUUUAGGGAUGUCAAUCCUGGCGAUAUUGUAACGGUUGGAGAAUGCCGGCCAUUGAGCAAGACAGUUCGCUUCAAUGUUCUUAAGGUGAACAAAGCUUCAGGAGCAGCAAAGAAACAAUUUCAAAAAUUUUGAAAUAAAAUGCUGAUAUGAUAAA